UCCUCCCUCUCUCUCUCCUCCCUCUCUCCCGUACAGCAGGAUUCACCGUCGCAGAUCUUCAUCCUAUCGGGCCAGAGCAACAUGGCCGGCCGCAGCGGCGUAAUCGCCAACCACCACAAAAAGAUCUGGGACGGGAUCGUGCCGCCGGCGUGCGAAUCUCACCAUGCAAUCCUCCGCCUCUCAGCCGAUCUCCGCUACGGCGGCAGUCCCUCUCCACGCCGACAUCGACGAGGGGAAAGCUUGCGGGUACCACUCCGCCCAUCUCUUUUGAUCAUUGCAAUAUCGCCUCCAUCCUUGUAUCUCUUCGAUAAUCUGUGCACCAAAACUUUUAUUGGAAGCCUCAUACUACCAGAGAUCCCUUUCUCAGGAAACUCUAUCGAACCAACUCCUGCCGACAAGUGUUGCAAUAUCUACGAGCUCAACGGUGCUGCAAAUUUGACUCUGCUUGUGUCCCUGAAGUGUCCCGUGAGGGAUCGGUUGUGCGGCGGCGGUAGCGGUGCGAUUGGGUUGGUUCCGUGCGCCGUGGGAGGGACGACGAUCUGAUUUUUUGUUUGUCUCUACUGGUACCAAUACCAGUAGCUCCCCUAUCAUCUGGUUUUUUGUGUGUGUUAUUCUCUACUGGUACCGUUACCAAUGUUAGUGGUAGUGCUACCAGUGCUAGUAGCAUUGUGUUAUUCUCUACUGGUACCGCUACUAAUAUGGUAGUGGUAUCGUUGUACUGGUAGCGUACCACUAGUACUGGUACAUUUUUUACUGGUACCGCUAGUACUGGUACAUUUUUUAACGUACUGGUAGCGCACCUCUAGCACUGGUACAUUUUUUACUGGUACCGCUAGUACUGGUACAUUUUUUAACGUACUGGUAGCGUACCACUAGCACUGGUAUAUUAAUUACCAGUAGACUAAUAGAUUGGUACACUUUUU